AGCAAUGGCACAAGCACAAGCUGAAGCCGAGGAAAAACCUGAAGAACCCCAAGAAAAGUUUGAAGCCAAAGGUGCCAUGGUAACAUCUGUAACAACAAAUACCAGUUGUAGCAGUAGUAGUAAUGGUGGUGGUAGCAACAACGGUGUUUCUUUCAAAUUCAAUGCGCAUGCACAGGAGUUCGUGCCCAGAUCGCAUACCCAAAUCCCCAUUUCGGGUUAUUAUUACCCGUGUUUCCACUAUCUUGGUGGUGCUGCUGCUGCGGCUGGCUCCUCUGAUUGGUUCUUAGUUGGUGAUCAAGAACGUGCUGCUUGUUUGAUCUCUAAUCCUAAUAUCUCCAUACCCCAUUGUUCUUCCAAGAAUGUGCUCACAGAUGAUCUCCGCGUCAAGAUCAUCAAACAGGUGGAGUACCAGUUAAGUGACAUGAGCCUUCUAGCAAAUGAAUCAUUGUCAAAGCAAAUAAGUAAAGAUCCUGAAGGAUACGUGCCCAUAUCUUUUAUUGCUUCCACAAAGAAAAUCAAGUCCCUCGUCAAUGCCAACCAGUUGCUGGCUCAAGCACUUCGGUCCUCUACAAAGCUUGUUGUUAGUGCAGAUGGUAAGAAGGUUAGACGUAAACACCCUUUCACUGAAAAGGACAGAGAGGAAGUGCAGGCUCGUACUGUUAUUGUAGAGAAUUUGCCUGAAGAUCAUUCUCAUCAGAACCUGGACAAAAUUUUUAAUGUAGUAGGGAGUGUGAAGAAUAUCCGAAUAUGUCAUCCCCAGGAAUCCAAUUCUUCCAAAUCUAAAACCGAUUUUUUUAACCGUAACAAGCUGCAUGCACUUGUGGAGUAUGAUUCACCUCACAUCGCUGAGAAAGCGGUUGAGAAGUUAAAUGAUGAAAGGAAUUGGAGAAAGGGACUGAGAGUAAGGUUGCUGCUUGGACUCACGCCCAAAUCUGUUCUGAAAACUAGAAAAUCAGAAUUCGAUGGGAUACUGGAUGAGGAUGAUUCAUUACUUAAUGAAACCUCUGACGAUUCUUCUCAGCCAAACAAUACUACUGAAUCAACUGAGAACAAUUCUGAGGAUACUGCAACGGGAUCCAAAAAAGGAAGGGCCAAAGGGCGAGGGAAAGGGCGUGGGCGUGUUCAAAACAACAAGCAUGCAUUAUCUCCUCAAUCUAGCAACGCAUCCCAGUGUGAGGCAUCUGCAAAACAGAUUUCUAAGGGCCCCAGAAUGCCCGAUGGAACCAAGGGUUUCACCAUGGGGCGAGGCAAGCCAUUGACUUCCUCUGUGAAGUAAUGGAUGACACAUUCUUUCUUCUCUUCUCCAACUAUAUUAUUUUGAAUGGCUCUGUAUCUCCUGAAAACAGGACAUGAUUUAAGUAGCAACGAUGCAUAGUGUGG